AUGGCUGAGAUCCACCAGCCGCAUCACUAUCAACCACAACAGCAACACCACCAACGCCCCGGUGAUGCCAUGAAAGGCAUGUUCUCUGAAGAUAAUCAAGAGGGUCCUUCAACUUCAAAAGUACUAGCAGUUGUGACUCUCUUACCCGUUGGUGGCUUUCUUUUCAUCCUUGCUGGUCUCACAUUUGUUGCGACACUCAUAGGCCUAGCUGUUUCAACCCCACUGUUUGUGAUUUUCUGCCCAGUUCUUAUCCCAGCAGCAAUAGUCAUUGGCUUAGCCUUGGCUGGGUUUUUAACCUCAGGAGCUUUUGGAAUCACAGGGCUUUCUUCACUGUCUUGGAUAGCGAACUAUCUGCGUCAAACAAAGGCGCCGGAGCACAUGGAUUAUGCAAAGCGUCGCGUGCAGGACACGGCAGGUUAUUAUGGUCAGAGAGCUAAGGAGAUGGGGCAGAAUGUGAAGGAAAAAGCACAGGAAACUGGAAGAGAGGUUACAGCAAGAGCCCAAGAAGGCAGUGGAGCGUGUUUUACGAGUCUGUCUUUCAGGGUAAGAGUUUUUUGGUGGAAUAAAAAUGGUGCAAGUGAUGAAAGGGCACGUAAAGCUAUAUUACUGUUUGUUUAUAAGUUGGUUUCAAGCUUUGAAGCACUAGAAGGAAAUUUUGCAUGCAUAUAUCUGCUUGUUGUUCCAAUCCAGCAGUUUUUGUUUAUAGGGAUGGCACAAUUAUCAUUGAGGUUCCAUUUCAUGGGCACAUAA